ACACUCUCUUAUAAAUUCGGUGAAAACACAGCAACGUCACAUUCCCAAUUCGGCCGCUGUACCGGCCGAUUGUGUGUUUAGUUUCGACGGUAUCGGCAUCCAAAUAAGGCAAAAUGAAAUUUACGGUUGCAUUCAUUGCCAUUCUGAGUAUAAGCUCAACAUGGGCUAUAGAAGUCAACAAGGUUGAAGACCUAAAAGACAAAAGAGAAGCUCCCGUCGGCUAUGCAUCACAGGGCAUACCAACUCACAGUUACCAAUCCCCAAUCGGGCAUGAUGGCGCCAAUUCCAUCAGUGUUGGUGCUGGCUACAGCGUGGGAGGUGCCAAGCCAUCUUACAGCUUUGGCGGCCACUCCGCGGCGCCACUCCAGUUUGCAUCUGAAGGCCUACAACCCAGCGGCCAUGCUACAAUCAAGCUUCCUCCCAUCACUCUUCAACCAAGCCACGGGCUAGCUGCUGGUGACCUUUCUCAGCUCAUGAAUCAAAUUUCUCAAAGCAUCAACUCUGGCGCUCUCAACCUUCAAUCAGCCGGAGGUGGUGAAUCUUACGGGUACGCGCAAGCUGCUCCUCAAGAACAUGGCGCACAAGAAUUAUCUCUUCCUCAAUACACAUUUGGAGCCCCGAAACUGCAACAGUAUACGUUUCCAGACCAACCACAAGUAGCAAGUCCACCAUCUUACGCAGCUGGCACCAAAGGCCUCGGGUCUUACGGCUCUACUGGCCCAGUCCUUUUCACUCCUUCCGACUCCCAAAAUAAUGCCGCGUCUUUGCAGAAUUAUGCUCCUAGCUCUGGACAAUCACUUGAAGGGUUAGGGGCUGCUUUGUCAUUAGGCGCUGCUCCCAGUUCGGGUCAUAACUAUGGCGGUGCUUUGAUUCCCGCACACUCCCUCGGUGAGGGUGCUAUCUCUCUCGGUGGAUCUGGACAUAACUUCGGUGGAGCUGUACAGUCUCUCGGAGGAGGUGGUCUCUCUCUGGGUGGAUCUGGACAUUCAUUAGGCGGAUCUGGACUCUCCCUGGGUAGACAUUCUGUAGGCGCCUCUUAUUCUCUGGGAGGUUCCGGACAUUCUCUAGGCGGACUAUCGUUAGGUAGCUCCGGUAACUCGUACGGUGGGUCUUACAAAAAUUUGUUGCCAAGUAAGGGAUCUUUCAAGCCAUCUGCAUACAUAGGAUCGUCUAUUCAAGGUGAUGCUAGCCAUGGAUUGUCAAGCUUUUCUGGUUCUCACGGAGCUCCAUCAUUUGGUAGUUACAGCAGCGGAGGACACGGUGGUUUAUCCCUUGCAUCAUUGAGUCAUGGAUCAAGCCUAGGUGGACACGGAUCUAGUCUUGGAGGCCACGGAGCGAGCCUUGGUGGUCACGGAAAUGCCUUCGGGGGAUCGUCGGGAAAAUAUCUGGCGUCGUUUGCUCCUUCGAAAUCCGAAGGCUUUGGUAACUUAGAGUCCGUCGCUAGCUUUGGUUCAAGUGGACACUCAUCUUCUCCUGGUAACUCUUACUACUCACCUUCGUCAUAUAGCCACUCUAACAAUGCACACUCUGCAUCUUCCUCCAGUCCAAAAUACUAUGUGCCGUCGAAAUAUUCUUCUAGCUUCGGCGAAGGCAGCUCGUCGUAUAAAUCUCCUAGUGGCCAUGGAGCUUACAGUUCCUUCUCUUCUGGACCAAAAUACAGUUAUGGACGCCAAAACCGUUAUCCUCAUGUCAAGGACAUCGAAGGAUCUUAUAGUGAAAAUUCUUAUAAUACGAUCAAAUACAGCGAGGAGCUAAAACCGCGCGCUUAAUAAAUAAAUUUGUAAAUAUGUCGAAUUAUUAUACAAAAAGAGGGCUUAAAAUGUAGAUUUUCCUGUAAAUAUAGGUAGUGAUGUGGGGCUGUGAUCGUGGUGCGAGUGUAGACAUGUCCCAGUUAAAGAUUACGGUGUUAUUUAUUUGGUAUUUUUCCGAUAAUUGGGAGCGCGGACACAUAGUGUUUAUAUAUUUAAUAUUGCAUAGUUUCGGUGACCGUGAUCGUAGUAGAUAUUUGCAGAAUCAAAUUAUAAAGUCCCAGUUACCAAAACUGCAAGAUUCUUGUAUGUCUUGAUUUGUAUCUUUGCUUUAAUUGCGAAGUAUUGUAGGAAAAGCUUCCUUUCUUAUCGCUGAGAUAACGGGCUAGAUAUGAAUGAUUACUUGUGCCUUUGCCACUUGCCACUUUAUGAAAUCUAUGUACCUCUAAUCAGUUAUGCACCGUAAGUUUCUGUAAAUAGGUAGUCUGUUAGCUAUUUAUUAUAAUGUUUAUUUGUAAGACUGUUUUCAAUAAACUUGUUACCGUGA